UUUCAAAAUUUCACAUACGAGUACCAGCAGCUCUAUAGACACCCAGCCCGCCUGAAGACUUUCCCUAGCAAGCUUGACCAAAUCCUCAGAAUUUUCUGCAAUGGAGACUUAGUUUUAAUUUUAGUGCCGCGCCGGGUGAUCGUGGUUCGUGAACAUUUUCUCGAUUUUCUCGACUCAAUACUGAAAGUGAUAAAACGGAGGAAAGCCCAGGAAAAGAAUAGAAAUAAAUGCAAUUUCGAAAUUUUCGUGUGAUUUUUUUACGUAAAAAUUGGAAGUUUGGAGAAUGAAUUGAUUUCGAUUGGUACUAGGAUAUAAGGGAUCGAACAAUAAUUGGAUAAGGAACAGAGGAUAAGUUGCGAAUUCCUUUCUGAUACAAAUAGUUUCUCGUGUGGAGGAAGAAAAAGGCAUUCCAGGAAAUUUGAAACCAAAGUGUGCGCUUCAAGGAAAGUUUAAAAUACAAAAUAUGAUUGUGCAGAGCUUCAAGAAAUUAUGCAAUGAUAUGAAUUUGUGCUUAACGGAGUGUAUAAUUGCGUUCGACAACGAUAACGACCAUCACGAUCACUGAAUCCGGUUGGAUUGUGCCUAAAAUUUCCGUUUCCGAUUUUCCCAACAAGGACUCCGAAUGCGCGAAACUCGAACUCGCCUUGAUUUUAACUAUCGCUUGCUCGCUUGCUAGGAUAUAAUAAUUUUGUGAUCAAUAAUUUGAGUGAACGCGCGCCUAUUUAGACAUCAUGUCUUAUUGCCGGAUUACCGGUAAAUCCAGGGCUCUCCCGAAGCCCAACUACUUCCCGCUUCUGCCGCCGAUUUCUCCGGCCGAUGCAAAACGAUUUUGCCGAAUUACUGGAAAAGCCUACGGACUGCCUUCGCAUCACUACAUUCCAGUGAUUUUGACUACCCUCUCUAAUACGCGUAAAUGUAAAAUAACUAACGUGUCAGACGAACUAGGACCGCACCAUUUUAUGCCAGAUAUUACCUACGGGAAAAGGAAGCACAUGGUUCUGGCUGACUAUCGAUACGUUUUCCCCAUUUUCGACGAAAACUGCGAUCUCCAGAAACCUCUUAUAGAUUUACUCAACUCCAAGACAGUUCCCGACGAAUCCAAAUUCAUAUACAAAGUUGACCAGCAGAAGUGUUCGCUGAUAUUCUCAGCGAAACUCGAACAAGCUGUUCGGGAUGGUGAUGUUCGAGAUGUGAUGUUAGCAAAGAACUGUGAUUCUGUCCUUUUGAAAAUGAAACAAGGCAAAAGUGUCUCUGUUGAUCUUCAGGACUACGAUGAAGAUAUGGACCAUCUGUUCGAGGGUGAAGGUCCUCGACAAGAUGUCCUUCUAGAAAGGGAAAAAGAGGACGCCCUGAUGAAAAAGCGACGGCCAAAAAAGUUGGAUCGCGCGAAAAUCUUCGAAGACAAAGAACGUCUAAUGGAAGAAGAAAUAUUGGAAUAUGAGGAUCAAGUAAACCGUACAGCUAAACGUAAACGCCUCGAUCAGUUGAAAAAAGCAAAUAAGAAAAACCGAGAUCCAUCUUCCCUAAAACCUGAUAUCAUAGAAGCCCAGAAUUGUAUGCACCUGACAGCCACAGAUCCCAACGAUUUGGUGAAGCCAGUAAUUGAGUCUUGGGACUGGGAUACCUAUGAAAAGGAGGUUGCCCAUAAAAAGUACAGUCCUGUUGCUAAGAAAUUACCGAAACCAUGUCAACUAGAAGCCUUAACAGUUACAUCUGAAACAUUAAUUGUUGCAAAUGAACUUAUCGAGAACACGACAGGAUUUAAUUCAGUUCCAUGUAUUGGACCUCUGGAACCCAUCAGAGAGCAGCCAAAUCCAGAAGUUAUUAAAGAAAUCAAGAACAUGCCACCUGAAAAGUUAGAACCUUUAUUGAAUUUAUCUGAUAAAAUUUUGGAGAACCCAGAGUUAUCUGAAUCAAUACCAACUCCGGAACAAAUAACUGAUAUUGUUAAAAAUUUCCAAAACGGAAAACCAGAUGAAAUCGCCAAAGUACCUGGUCUGAGCCUCGACAUUGGAUUAGCAAAGAAAGUGUUUAUCUCCGGACAACAAGUUCAUACUCCCAGCGGUGAUAUUUUCGUCCCAGGACAAGCUGUGAGCACACCGCAAGGACCAAUAUAUGUUCCAGGUUUUACAGUGAACACGCCGACAGGACCUUCAUUUAUUCCUGGACAUAUCUUAACACCAACAAAUAAUCCCUCUGCUCCCGUAUUUGUUGCCGGACAACUGAUCGGAGAUGAAUUCGUCCCGGGUCAAACAUUCAACAUUGGUGAAACGCAGAAAUUCGUGGAAGGUCAAACAAUCGUAACUUCUGACGGUAUCAGAUUCGUCCCUGGAGUUAUCAAUGAUAAGACAGAUGCAUUCGUACCAGGACAAAAGCUCCAAACUCCCGAUGGAAUUAAAUUCAUUCCUGGUCAAACGUUAACAACUGAGGAAGGAAAUAAAUUUGUUCCUGGCCAGAAUAGCUACAUACCAGAAGCCGGAUGGGAAUUUGUACCUGGUCAAACUGUUGAAACAAAGGAUGGAGCGGAAUUUGUUGCAGGCAAAAGCAUUAUAACAGAAGAAGGAACGAAAUUCGUUCCUGGUCAACAUAUUGAUGAUGUAUUCGUACCAGGUAUCACCGUGAAAACAAACAUGGGACUUGAAUUUGUGCCAGGUUUGAACGUAGAAACUAAACAAGGACCUAAAUUUAUUGAAGGACAAGUUGUUGUCUCUGAUCAAGGUCAGAUUUUCAUGCCUGGCAAAACUAUUCUUAACGAGCAAGGAGUGAUUGAUUUUGCUGUUGCCAAGAAGAUAAACGACGUCGCUUUUAAUGACCCUACUUCUACCGGAUAUGUUGUGGAUGUCAACAAUACCGAAGUAUCAAGUGCAUGCCUUUCUGUUUUUGGACAUAUGGUUCAAACCAAGUCCGGCAUUGAAUUUUAUCCCGAAAAGAUUGAUGUUAGCCAUCUUCCUGCAGGAAAGAGGGUACCAGGAAAACUCCUUCGUCAAGAUGCCGACACCAAAUUCGUACCUGGAAUAAUGGAAGAUGGUGCAUUCGUACCUGGACAAGUUGUUUGGACAGAAAAAGGAGAGCAAUUCAUCCCUGGACAAGUUAUUGAAACAAGUGAAGGGUUGAAAUUCGUUCCAGGUCAAAUUAUCGAGACGAAAUCAGGUAGUAAGUUUGUACCUGGACAAACAAUUGAAACACAUGAUGGACCUCGUUUUGUUCCUGGUCAAAUUGUUCAUACUAAGGCAGGUCCUACUUUCAUCCCGGGUCAAGUUAUUCACACCGAAGAUGGAGGAGAAAGAUUCGUUCCAGGUCAAGUAGUAGAUACCGAUGAUGGACCGAGAUUCGUUCCUGGACGUGUCGUUGAAAAUGGUGAUAAAGUAACAUUUAUACCAGGACAAAUUGUUCAAACUUCUGAAGGGCCCAAGUUUGUUGCUCCUGAUUUGACUGACAAUGAAGAUGGAGACCAACAGUUUUCCGUUCAAAGUUUCCUUGUUUCGCCUGAGGAACUUGGUUUGCUGAAAUUAACACACAGUUGGAGUAAUACAACAUCAAAAGGUGAACAAAGCAUAGAUUCUAAAAUGCUGAGACAACUUUCAGAAGCUGGUAUGACGAUCGGACGACACAUUGAAGCAUCAGCAGUUGAUAUAGUACUGCAAAGUACCAAAAAUACUCAGACAGUAAAGGAGUUGGUUCAGAGAAUUGGUUUGGAGUCCGAGAAAGCAGAAACAAUGUUGGAGUUCUUCCAAGAAAUUGAGAAACUGACUAAAGAUAUUAUUGCCAAGAAAACUCAACAAACAAAUGGAUUGUGCUUGUUGACCGAAUUUAAGAAGGAUUUGAAUGGAAACGCGAAACUUGAUGAGAAGUCCAUUCUUGUGGAUACAAUUGUCUCAACGAUUCUCUCAACAGUUGACGCAUCUUGUAAAAAAGCUCAUCAGAAGGGUGGAUUCAAGCAUGACUUGCCUACCGUUUUUGAACUUGUGGCACAAGCUUUUGAAGAAAACAUGGUUGAUGUGGACAUAAACGUUAUAGAGAAACUUCUUAAGACUGAUACCUUCAGGACUUCAAUUCUGGAAAAUGUACAACAAACUGUCGCUGUCUAUGGUGGAGAAGCAAACAAACAGGAUAUGCUGCAUCAUUUGGUCAACACAACUGUUCAUGAUGAAGGAGAGCUGAUUGCUAAAAUAGCCUCUGUCAUCGACGAUGAGGACCUUCAACAAGCGUUUCUCAGUAUUACAGAACAGGAUCCAAAACUUCUCUACAAAAUCUUGAAUAAAGUUCGUGAUAACACAGAACAAAUAAAAUGUGAUGAAUCCGCUGGAAAUGUUCUCCAGGGCUGCAUAGUGAGUGCGGUUAAAGAUGUUGCCGAGAAUGAAUUGCGGACAAUGUUCAAAAGGGAUCGUAGCCAAAGUGAUAUACACGCGCUCCUUGCCCAAUCGAUGUGUCUCUCCAAAGCCCUUGGUCUAAGUGAAGUUGCGGUUCUUUUGAAUGAAGUUCUCGGCGGCCAAAAAUCGGUCUCCGCGCUUUUUGAAAACGCUGAGGUUGCAGAUGUAAUACGUAGAACGGUCGUCAUAAACAAACUGGCCAAGCAGAAUCCAUCGCAGUAUUGUGAGUCAUUAGAGCUGCUGGCGAAGGACCCUUACGCUGCGCGAAAGGAUCCAAAUAUAAGAUCUCUUAUCCGUCAAAGUGGGGUUAUGACGGUUAUCCCUGACGAAAAGCAACAAUUGGUAGAUUCUAAUGAUGUGCCCUUAUCCAUAUUUUGCUCUGACAAUCAAUUGGCUAUAGAAGAUUUCUUGCUACAUAGACGGACAAAGAAACGAGGAGCUUUCCUCAUAGUGAAGGAGGGUUAUCAGGCGGUUGUCCCGCGUGAGUCAAGUCGCGAUGUAUUGACGGGCAAAUGUGCCUAUACAGUCCUUGAUGAAAACGGUAUUCGUCACUUCGAGCCGCUGCACGUAUUCUCCGCGCUAAAACUUAACACUCCGCAAAGCAAUCACCGCUUUUCGAUGUACUCAUGUGAUUUCGCCAAUGAUGAAGCCGAAUUGGUAGACCAUAAUGGCGUGAAUUCGACGUCGUGCAGUUCUUUGAGUAAUGACGCCCAAUUAUCAUCUCAAUUUCUAAGUACCUCCAUGUUCAACGAAAAGGAGAAUAUUCCGACGCAGAACACAGAAUUAUUGGCGACACGACGCAAAAUACGCGACUUGGUGCGCAAAGGUGGAAAGGUUUGCGACAUCGUCGUCGUCAACCAGAAUUACACGGCUGAAUCGAAUGACUCAAUUUCUUUACGACGCGGUGAUCUGGUCGAAGUGAUCGACUAUGGACCAAAUUCCGGCGAUACUUUUGCGAAACGACCAAAAUUAGAUCCUGAAUUGGACGUCGGGCAAACAACAGAUCUAUUGGAAAAUCCGGCCGCCAAACACAAAAUUGCUGUAAAACCGCGAAAAAAUUACAUAAGCAGCCAUCAACGAAGUGUCAGCCCCCAGCCUCCGCAAACGAGACCCGAGCCAAAACCUGGCGACAGGUGGUUUGUGCGACUUUUCGAUGGAAGUGAUUCACCGAAAGAAGGUUGGGUCCCGGUCACAAUACUGGAUACCCAACAAGUUGAUUCAGCAAUUUAUGGCGAGAAAGCAAACGACGCUGCCUACCGAAGACAGGCAGUCAUACGAGAGCUUGUAGAAACCGAGGAAGAAUUCGGUCGUGACCUGCAAGCAGUGGUCGACAAAUAUAUAAAGACAAUAGAUAAUCCAGCUGUCCCGAGAGUUGUACGUGACAAUAAGGAUGUAAUUUUUGGAAACUUUCAACAAAUUGCACAAUUCCAUAAUACAGUUUUGAUCGAAGGCGUGAAAUAUUACGCACAUGAACCAAAUAUGAUUGGAAAGACUUUUCUACGAUUAGAACGUGAUUUCGAUAAACAUGUAAAUUAUUGUAAGAGUGAACCAAUUGCACAAGAAUUUCUAGCCAAUAAUAACGUCGCACGAGACUACUUUGAUGAGUUAUCACAAAAACUAUCAGACGAUAAAGGUUUGACAGAACAUCUGCAAUUACCAAUACAGCGAAUCAACGACUACCAACUUCUACUUAAGGAAUUGGUAAAGUAUUCUCUUAGUCUCAACGAAAACGUAACACAUCUACAGAAGGCCUUAGAGUUGAUGCUAAGUGUCCCACAUCGGGCAAUAGAUAAUAAAUUUCUUGCUAGUAUCGAAGGAUAUCGAGGAAAUUUACAUAAAUUAGGACGUUUAUUAGCACAUGAAUGGUGGACUGUUAUUGACCACGAAGGAAAAACUAAAGAACGUUAUAUCUUUCUAUUUAAAUCACGAAUAUUAGUUUGUAAAGUUCGAAAAAUAUCAGAAGAUCGUUCGAUAUUUCUACUGAAGGAUAUUAUAAAAUUGCCAGAGUGUGAAAUCAAAGACUCCGCCGACGACAAAACCCUUGAAAUACAAGCAAAACCUGGCGUUACCACAACCACACCACUUCCAGUAAAAUUAAUUGCUCAUAAAGACGAUACCAAGCCAAAGUGGCUUAGAGAGAUCCGUGAUCACAUCAACGAUCCUCUGACAUUACAAGAACAUCAAGCUGACGAUCUUCGCAUAGAUCCAACACAUGUCCUUGAAAUUGAUGAACCCAUUUUCAGACUUCCACAUAAAGUAGACGCUCACGAAAGUGACAGUGGUAUAAGGCCAUCUGACAUAGCGAAAGAUUACUUCGUUACCAAACACAAGGUUGAGGAAAAAUCCGUCAAAUCUGAACAGCAAGUUGUUUCAAGCAGCGUUGAAUCAAAGGUUGAGCAAACCGUUGUGCAACGCAGUACCGUUGAAAGUAGGACUAGUAUAACUGGAGCUGUAGAGCAAACGACUCUUUCUGCACAAUCGGUACAGAUAUCUAAAGUAAAAGACACUAACCAGGAACAGAUACAAAAAGUCGAAACUAGAGCUAAAGAAGAAAUUGUUGUGAAACCAGAAGAAACUCCUAAGGUUUCUAGAUCGUCUGCUGUUGAGCUUACAGAGGAGCGGAAAGUUUCACAGUCUAACGUAGCGCAAAGCAUUCAAAGUGAGCAACAAAUUUCCCAGUCGAAAGCAAUUUCGGAAAAACGAAUCGAAGAGAAGACUACCCAAGUGAAAACAGAGCAACCUGCAUUAUUAAAAGUUGAUCAGAAGCAGCCUGAGUUGCAGAUUGUCCAGAAGAAAGAACCUGCACCAGAAGCUCCUGUGCAGAAAUCUGACGCUCAGAAAGAACCAGUGGUAACAAAGCAACCUGAAAUAAAGGCGAUAGAAGUAGCUAAACAACCUUCAGCGAAAGAGCCAGAGGUAACAAAGAAGCCUGAAGUCAAGGAAUCAGAAGUUACAAAGCAGCCUGAAGUUAAGCAGCCAGAAGUACUAAAGCAGCCUGAAGUUAAGGAGCCAGAAGUAAUAAAGCAGCCUGAAGUUAGGAAGCCAGAAGUUGGAAAGCAACCUGAAGUUAAGGAACCAGAAAUAACAAAACAACCUGAAAUUAAGAAGCCAGAAGUAAAGAAGGAAGAGCCUACGCCAUCAAUUCCAACCACUGAAAAACCAAAACUAGAAGAAGUACCGCUUCUUCCGGAUACUAAGCAGAAAGAACAGGAGCCUACUACUGAGGCCGUUCUAACUCCAAUCCACAAAGAAGAUCAACUUCUGAAAUCGAUCGACACUGCUGGACCCGGGGACAUCGAAGAAUGUUCUGAGUCUGUAGCAGGAGACUAUCGAGAAUUAAGUAGUGAAGUUGAAUCGAGAGCACCAAGUGUCGCAAGAAUGGAUGAUUAUAAUUAUUCGUCACGAUAUUCGUCACGAUCGUCAAGGAAGCGUUAUGAAAUAACUGGUGGCCGAGACUAUGAUCGCGAAUCAUCGUAUACAUCGCAAAGAUACUCACGUACAUCAUCACGUGCCGAAGACCGAGCAUCAAUCAAGGGUGAUUCAGGGACAACACUCUUCCGGGGCCAUGAGGAAAGGACCUCCUAUUCCCGAGCUGGAGAAGAACGUUCAGCAAUUUCACGGGCUGAAGACCGAUUGGCCCUAUCACGUGGCCUGAGUGACCGACGAGGCAGUGAUCGGGCAGCAUCACGAUCUGAGUAUCGUAGCUCGAUAUCACGCCUUGAAGAUCAAAUCACAACUGGACAGAGGUCGGCGGGAAAACCAUGUAUCAUUCGAACCCUUAAGGGUCAACACGUAGAGAGUGGUGAAAAUGCUGCCUUUGAGGUACAAUUCACCGAGAAGCCCGGUUCAGUUACAUGGUUGAAAGACAACAAACCGCUAGAUGACCGCCUUGCAGACAGAAUCAUCACCAGAGAAAUCGGAGCAACUACCUUCCGAUUGGAAAUCAAACACUGCAGCGAAAAGGAUAGUGGCGUCUACACAGCGAAAGCAAUGAACGGUGUCGAGCAUGCAAGCUGUUCAGCUCAACUUGUUGUUGGUCACUUAACUGCUGAAGAAAAAGAGAAAUUGGCCGAAAGUAAUGCGCCAUACUUCUCAAUCCGUCUAAAGGAUGCUGAAAUGCUAGAGGGUACGUUCUUCAGAUUCAUGGUCAAAGUUCAUGGAGAACCAAACCCCAAAGUUAAAUUCUAUAAAGAUGGCGAAGAAGUCAAGGAGUUCGACGGUAAAAUUCAGAUAAAUCGCGACAAGGAUUAUCUAGGCUUCUAUGAACUAGUCAUACCAGAAGUUCACAAAGAAGAUGCUGGCACUUACCGCUGUGAGGCCACCAAUAAAUUUGGAAAGGCUGACUGUGAAGCCAAUGUCACUGUUUGCGAGGAUAAAAACAUCUUCGGUGAACUCAGUGGUCAAAUUCUUCCACCAGGUGAAAAACCAGAAUUCAUGUGGAAGCGCAACGGAGUUCCUUUCGACCCAGAAGAACGUUUCAAGGUUUUGAUGGGUGAAGAUGAAGAUUCUUUAGCGUUAGUGUUCCAGCAUGUCAAACCUGAAGAUGCUGGUAUUUAUACAUGCGUCGCUCAAACGAGUACUGGGAAUAUAUCCUGCAGUGCUGAAUUAACAGUACAAGGAGCCAUACAAACACUUCACAGGGAACCAGAAAAGCCAACUCUAAUCAUCGAAAAGAGAGAAGCCAACGCUUCUAUUGGCGCUUCAGCAAUGUUAGAAUUACAAUGCAAAGGCUUCCCGAAACCUGCUGUGCAAUGGAAGCACGAAGGCAAAUUGAUUGAACCCAGUGCCAAGUACAAGUUCCUUUAUGAAGACGCAGAAAGUAUGUCUUUAGUCAUCAAGGAUGUCAAUACAGAAGAUGCUGGUUUAUACACGAUAACAGCAGAAAACGAGUUGGGUGAAGAUACCGGUGAAAUGAGUCUUAUAAUUAAAGCUCCACCUAAAGUUAAAAAGGUUCACAAUGCCGAAUGCUCAGUAGGUGAGACUCUCAAGAUGGAAGUCGAGGUUGAAGGAUGUCCAUCGCCAAACCUCAAAAUCUACAACAACGGCAAAGAAGUUAUCGAAAACGACCGUGUUACAAUCUCAAAAACAGAGAUCGCCAAAAGCACAGAGAAAUGUACCAUCCAAAUCAAAAAUGUUCAACUAACAGAUGCUGGCUCAUAUUCCAUCAUCGCCUCCAAUGAAAUUAGCCAAACCUCUGAGUUCUGGGACUGCACAGUCAAAUCAAAACCAAUUAUCGUCAAACAUCUUGAGAAGGAAUACGUUCAUGGCGAACAGGAAGACGUCCACAUGACUGUCAGAGUUGAUGCUUUCCCAGCACCUAAAGUAAAAUGGUUCCAAGAUGGCGAGGAAAUCAGCAGCAAAGAUACACGCUUCCAAACUUCCGUGGAUGGUAACGCGUAUACCUUAAAAAUAUCGCAUGCCACCCGAGUUGACGCUGCCAAGUACAGUGUCCAGUUCGAAAACGAGCAUGGAAAGGCUACCGAUGAGACGCAGCUAAAGAUGAAAUGUAAUCCUGUUCUUACCAAGAAGCUCAAUAAUAUAGUUGUUACCGAGGGUGACACAAAUGUAGAAUUGGCAAUCGGUAUUGAUUGCUACCCUCAGCCACAUAUUAAAUGGUUCAUUGAUGGGAUUGAAAUUGAGGAGAAGCGCAAAGAGUUCUUGCGAACGCAUGAUGGUGACGACGUGAAAUUGAUAAUUAAGGAAGCUCAAACAAAUCUUCAAGGAACUUAUAGUUGUAUCAUCAUGAACGAUUACGGCAAGAUCGAGACGGAGUGCACAGUGACAGUCGAAUGCAAACCAAAGAUUCGAAGACCUCUAAAGGACAUCGAAGUUCCCGAAGACGAUACCCUAACCUUGGAAGUUGAAAUCUACAGUGUACCAGAACCAGAAGUUAAAUGGUACAAGGACGGCCAGGAGGUUCGUACUGAUGCUCGUUUGAAGAUUAUGCGUGACAAACACCGCUCAGAAACAUAUUCACUUACCCUGAACUUGGUGAAACCAACAGAUGCCGGUGACUAUGAAGUACGCGCUACAAACAAAUUGGGAACCAGCACGUCCCUAAGUCAUGUCACCGUCUUGACCACCCAGAAACUUUCCAAGAGGAAAUCAGAAGUUGUUGAAGAAGAUCUUCCAAAACCACAAUCUGGAGAAUUAGACGAAAUCGGAGCUGAAAAACGUACCAUCAGUCAUUGCACUAAGAUUGGUGAGAAUGGAGAGAUGAUUACCGUAUCCAUUAGCACAGAGGAAAGUCAUCAAGGUGAAGUGUCAGGUCCGGAUGAAUCUCACACUAUACAUAAAAUGCGUGCGACAACUAUAAUAUUCGAAGAAGACGGAGGUGAACCAGCAACUAGUGUCAAUUUGGUGCAACCUAAUAGACCCCAUGCAAGUUCGCUACAAGUAGAAGAAGUUGGUAGCUUCAUUAUAUCAAAACAAGAGGAGUCAGUGAGCUAUCACCACCAAAUGCCUGGAACACCAACUCAAGGAAUAAUCCAAGAAGCAGAUUCUGAAGAAAACAUCAAGUUCAACCGGGCAACCUCACGAGGAAUUUCAAUAACGUCAGCAACAUCUGAUGAAGACGCGAAAGGUCAGGGUAUCUAUUCUCGAGAUAUUGCAGUUGACGAGAUUCAAGAGAACAUUCCAUUCGAGGAUGGAUAUGCUGAAGUUCGACUUAAGACCACAACAAUUGAAGAGACCCAGGUCAUAGUGGCCGAUGUUGAAGAUGCAGAAGAAGUGCCCGUCAAUAAGCCCCGACGCGCAACAAUUGACAACUUAGAAGAUGAGCAUAACCAGAGAAGACGUAAAAGCCACUUGGUUGACGCUGUUGACACAAGUGUGGAUGACGAAGAUUUCAGUUCGACAAAACGAACCGCUACUACUAAACAGAACCUUAUGAAGCAGGAACAGGCAGAGGUUGAUGUUUGGGCUGAUAGAGAUACUGAUAUACUCCCUCCUAAAAAGAAACAACAAGCCAAAGUUUGGACCGCUGAGGAAGCUGAAGAAAAGACAGUUGAAGCUGACAAGGGAGACACAGACUUCUGGGCUGAUCGGGAUACCGACGAUAUCCGUCCGAGGAAGCAACGGGGACAAUCCUUCCAAAUUGAAGAAGCAGAAGAACGACAAUUCCCAUCAAAGAAAGAAGACGAUGAUAUUUGGGCCGACCGAGACACUGAUGACAUUCGACAUAAAAAACAAAGUGCCCAAGUCUGGCAUACUGAAGAAGUUGAAGAAAAGCAAUUCUCCUCCAAAAAGGAAGACAUCAAUAUUUGGGGCGAUGACGAUGAUGACAACAAUUUCUCAAAGCAAAAACAGCGUGCCUCUCUUUACAAUACAGGAGAUGUCCAAGAAGUGGAACAUGAUUUAGGCAAGUCGGCUAGGAAACCCUCUAGUCCAACCAGCGUCUCACCGAAAAGCAAAUCUGCCGAAGAAGAUUUUUGGGCUGACAGAGAUGAUGAUAAAAUUCCAGAGAAAGUUGAAUGGCGCUCAAAAUUCGACGAAAAUAAAUCGAACGAAAAAUUACUCGAAACUGACGAUGAUUGUCCAAAAAAGCAAAAAGCUAGCAUUGAAGAUGAUGAUAAUGUAAGUGAUUUGAUAAAAAGGAUACAAAAGCAGAAAAGUCUAAUAGAAGAUAUGAUGGAGCAAACACAGAAGCAAAAGAUUGAAGAGAGAAAAGCGCAAAUAGCUAAGUUGAAAAGUAGUAUUGACGAUGGGGGUGGUCAGAAUCGACCGGAAGCUCUUCCUGAAAUCUUACAUGCCGAUGUUUUCGAUAAGCAGAGUUACGAAUCGGUUCCACUGAAAUACGAGGUCAUUGCACAAGGUAUUCCAACUCCCGAAGCUGAAUGGUAUCAUGAUAACAAAUUAGUCAAACCGGACAAUAGAGUGAAGCAGACAGUUGUCGGGGAUAAGUACAGGCUCGAAAUCCAAGAACUCAAACUUGAAGAUGCUGGCAACUGGAAAGUCAUCAUUAAGAAUAAACUUGGUGAAAAGGUUCAAGCUGGUGUACUUACUGUUGAACCUGUUGCUGAAUAUCGUAAACCAAUCAUCAAGAAGCCUCUCGAAGAUACUCAAUCACAAAAGGAUGUCAACUUAGUACUCUCAGUUGUAUUUACAGCUGAUCCCUUGCCUGAUAUCGUCUGGCUCAAGGAUGGUGUCGAAAUCAAAUCCGAUGAGAACAUGAAAAUGAAAUUGGAGACCAAAGAACUAGAUUACGGACUUAAAGAGUUCACGGCUACACUAACAUUCCCAUCAACUCGUCACUGGGAUACUGGCCGCUAUGAAAUUAAGAUCAAGAAUAAAUAUGGCUACGCCGAAUCCAGCGCUUGGUUAGACAUUCUUCACAAGCCAGAUAUCGAGGGUCUCAAAGAUCAAACCGUUGUCCCCUAUGAUUCAGCAGUAUUUGAUGCUAACGUGUAUGCAAAUCCAAAACCAAAAGUCACUUGGUCACGAGGGGAUGAGAAUUUGGCUAACAAUGAUAACUUUGAAGUUAUCGCGGAUGUCGAGGCAGAGAAAUAUAGGCUUGCAUGCCAAUCUGUACAACCAACUGAUGGAGGAGUUAUUACCGUGACAGCUACUAACAGUCAAGGAACUACUGUGGCUAAUGUUAACCUGAACGUUCAUGUUGAAAAACCAAAGUUCGUCAAGGAACCCGAGGAUCAAUACAUUCACGACUAUGGGGAAGUUGAGGUCCGUGUUCGAGCUCAUGCCAUUCCAAAGCCAACCAUUCACUGGCUCAAAGAUGGAAAGCCAAUCGAUUUGAAAGCUAUUGAUGCCAGAAGCAAAGAACUCAAAUACAAAGUCGCAUCCUCCAGCAGCUCAGACGAACAUAUGGCCAGUGACUUCAGCAUAACCCACUUCGGUCACGAGGAUGUCGGGGAAUACUCUGCUGUCGCUGUCAACGAAGUCGGUGAAACUGAAGCCAAAUUCAUGCUUCAUAUGUUGCAAUUACCACCCUCAUUCACCAAAAAAUUGGAAAAGGUAGUAGAAGUCAGUCAAGAUGAACCACUAGAACUGAAAUGCAGCGUUGAUGGUAGCCCAGUUCCAAUUGCCACCUGGUACAAAGAUGGAGAAGAGGUCAAACCAAGCAAACAUGUCCACCUCACUAAUGCACCUGAUGGCACCAUCAAACUGGAAAUCGAAAAUGCCCAACCAGAGGAUUCCGGAGCAUAUAAACUUGUUGUAUCAAACCCAAGUGGAGAGAAUGCAGCACUCUGUGCAGUUGCAGUUAAACCUGCGCCCAUGCUUCCAAAGUUCAUUAAACCACUGAAUGAUCUUAAAGUCGUCAUUGGUCAACCUUUGAAUCUCGAGGCUCAAAUCACUGGAUUCCCAUCUCCUGAAAUUCAUUGGUUCAAAGAUGGUGUCCCAAUUCGACCAAGUACAGCUGUAAACUUCAUCAACAAACCUGAAGGCAUUAUUGGAUUGAGCAUUGACGCUGCCCGUCCUGAAGAUGCUGGCAAUUACACUGUCGCGAUUGCCAACAAACUUGGUGACAUCGUAGGAGAAGCCAAGGUGGAAAUCCAACCAAAAGAGAAGAAACCUGUCUUCGUUGCUGAUUUGGAAGACGUUCAAGCUGUUGAAGGAUUCCCAGUUAAGAUGGGUGUCAAAAUAGUUGGUCAUCCGCUUCCUGAAUUGAAAUGGUUGCGAAAUGGUCAAGAGAUUCUCCCAUCCGGGGAUCAUUGUAAGAUUACCCAAAAUCCAGAUGGCACAGCUAGUCUGAUCAUUGACAAAGUAAAACCUGAAGACUCUGGCAUCUAUGAGGUGGUUGCAUCUAAUCCUUUGGGAAAAACUUCAUCCAAAGCGAAACUCUCCGUAACACCAAAAGCCGAUGAAAGUGUUCCAGAGGAACCACCACAAUUCAUUAGUUCACUACGUGAUGUAAGCGCCGAUGAAGGCCAGGAACUGGCUUUGUCAGCUCCAUUUAUUGGCAAUCCAAUACCAGAAAUUAUUUGGUCAAAGGACGGUGUACCAAUUUCGCCUAAUGAAAGGAUUAUGAUGACUUGCGAUGGCAAACAUGUAGGACUAACCAUCAAUCCUGCUGAAGUCGAUGACUCCGGAGUAUACUCUUGCUUAUUGGCAAAUCCAUUAGGUGAAGACGCAUCGAAAUGCAGAACAAACGUACGCAAAGUUUAUAAGAAACCAUCGUUCUCACAGAAGUUAUUCGAUCAACAACAUCCAUCUGGACUGGAUGCUAAGUUGCCAGUGAAAGUAUCAGGUGUUCCAUAUCCUGAUCUCACCUGGUACUAUAAUGACAAACCUAUUAAGGCUGGGCCGAAAUAUAAGAUAAAGCAUGACGGUGAUCAUCAAAUUCUAACCAUCACCAACGGUACACCAGAUGAUUCUGGAUAUUAUAAGUGCGUUGCUCGUAACCGUGAAGGAGAAGAUUCGACUCAAUGUAAACUGGACAUUGUAGAUAAAUUGGAUCGUGCACCCCGUGCUGAACCACCAAGCUUCCUCAAAAAGAUUGGUGAUACUGAAGUCUACCAAGGCAUGAAAGCUAAAUUCACCGCUUGUGUCACGGGAUAUCCUGAACCUGAAGUUGAAUGGUUCAAGAAUGGCCAAAGGUUAUUCCCAUCUGAAAAGUACACCCUAGAAACUGAACCUAAUGGUUUACUUCGUCUGAUUGUGAAUAAUAUUGAGGAGGCAGAUGUCGGAAGAUUCUCUUGCCGUAUUUACAACCCACAUGGUGAUGAUAUUUGUCACGCUGAAUUGAUUUAUGACAGUUUCGAACCACGUACCAAGCGACCAAUGGCUGAUCAAUAUCAAGAAUACGACAAAUACAAGAAAUCUGGUGCUCCUACUCCACUCUCAGAUAAACCGAUUAUUUCGCGCAUGACAGAUCGUCACUUGACCCUUUCAUGGAGACCAUCCAUACCAUCUGCCCCGCGAUUCCCAGUUACUUAUCAAGUUGAAAUGCUUGAAUUGCCCGACGGUGAAUGGUUCACAGUUCGUACAGGCAUUCGUAGCUGUGCAUGCGACAUCCGUAACUUAGAGCCACAUAGGGACUAUAGGUUCCGAAUCCGGGUUGAAAAUAAAUAUGGAGUCAGUGAUCCAUCACCGUAUGCUCAAACUUACAGACAAAAGAUCAUUCCAGAUCCACCGAAAUUCUACCCAUACCUACCACCAGGCAUUGACUUCAGACCUGAGACAUCACCUUACUUCCCCAAGGACUUCGAUAUUGAGCGCCCACCUCACGACAAUUACGCUCAAGCUCCGCAAUUUUUGCGACGUGAAGAUGAUGUUAUCUACGGAGUCAAAGGGCAUAACGUUGAUCUGUUUUGGUUCGUCUAUGGAUACCCGAAACCGAAGAUGACAUACUACUUCGAUGAUACCUUGAUUGAGCCAGGUGGUCGCUUUGACUACAGUUACACUCGUAACGGACAGGCUACUCUAUUCAUAAAUAAGAUGCUUGAUCGUGAUGUUGGUAUCUAUGAAGCCGUAGCAUCCAAUGAACAUGGAGAAGCAAGACAACGUGUUCGUCUAGAAAUCGCUGAGCAUCCUAGAUUCAUUAAACGACCAAAUGAAACUUACAUCAUGGCUAGGAAAAGUGGACGUAUUGAAGCUCAUGUCGUUGGUAUUCCUUACCCAGAAAUUAGAUGGUACAAAGAUUGGCAGCCCAUUUUCGAUACUACAAGAAUCAAGAUCAAUUUCUAUGAGCCUGAUAUAUGCGUCCUGACUAUCAACGAUGCUAUUAUGAAGGACGAAGGUCUAUAUUCGAUCAGUGCCAGAAAUGUUGCAGGUGCAGUUAGCACAUCUGUAAUGGUCCACAUUGAAGAGGAUGAAGACAACUACAUAUAUAAGACCUACGCUCGCCACCCAUAUGUUCGACCAAGGCUUAAUGAUACUUAUGACAGCCUUUAUGACAUUGGUGAUGAAUUGGGAAGAGGCACCCAAGGUAUCACAUAUCACGCUGUCGAACGAGCUACAGGCAAUAACUACGCCGCCAAGAUUAUGCACGGCAAAUCAGAAUUGCGUCCGUUCAUGCACAACGAAAUCGAUAUGAUGAAUAUGCUGAAUCACAAGAAGUUGAUUCGUCUACACGAUGCCUUCGACAGGGAUAAUACUGUUACGCUUAUUACUGAACUAGCUGGAGGUGGUGAAUUAGUGAGGGACAAUCUCCUCAAAAGGGACUUCUACACGGAAAGAGAUGUUGCUAUGUAUAUUCGCCAACUUCUUUGGGGAUUAGAACAUAUGCAUGGUGUCGGUGUUGGACACAUGGGUUUGACACUCAAAGAUUUGCUUAUAUCGCAUCCCGGAAGUGACGACUUGAAGAUAUGCGAUUUCGGCUUAGCCCGACGCAUUCAUCUAGGCAAGUUGGCCACUCUGGAUUACGGUAUGCCAGAAUUCGUAUCCCCUGAAGUAGUUAACAAGGAAGGAGUAGGAUACGCACAUGAUAUGUGGGGGACUGGCCUCAUAACAUAUAUCCUACUUGGUGGAAUGAAUCCAUUCAAAGGUGCCGAUGAUAGAGAGACGAUGACCAAAAUUCGGGAAGGACGAUGGGACUUCUAUGAUGAUAUCUGGCUUCACAUUAGUGACGAAGGUCGCGAUUUCAUCAAACAACUCCUGAAAUAUACUGCUGAAGAACGUAUGGAUGUCCGCACUGCCCUUCGUCAUCCAUGGUUCUUUAUGCUCGACCGCAAACCCACUGGCGAUGAAUACCAAAUCAACACAGAUCGUCUACGAAACUAUUAUAAUCACUACCGUGAUUGGUAUGCAAAUGCCGCAUGCAAAUUCUACUAUAGACGUCGUCGCCUUAGCGGAGCAUUUACACAUCCCUCAAGAAUGGUCUACCCACCAGGAGAGGCGUACACACCUGAAGCCACACCAGAGCCUGCACCCAGACAACGAAUUCGUCCAAAGAUUGAAGAUCGCGGUUCUAAGUUCCUACAUCCAGAUUACGAAUUGGGUCUAAUCAAAUCGGAAAGCCAUUACCAAUAUGGGCCAGACACAUACCUCUUACAACUUCGUGAUGUCGACUUCCCCGUGAGAUUGCGUGAGUAUAUGAAAAUCGCUCACCGCAGAUCCCCAUCAUAUGCCAUUAAUGAAAGCACAAUUGAUUGGAGCCUUCCAAUUAUCCGUGAACGACGUCGUUUCACAGAUGUCAUGGAUGAGGAAAUUGAUGAUGAACGCAAAGCACGCAUUACUCGCUAUGGAAUCAACGAUUCCUACACAAUUCGUCGCUUACGAACAGAACUUGGUCCUCGCCUGGAAUCCUACGCCGAGGCUGAUGCAAUGAUGGAAUGCCAGAGAGAAGGAUGCGUCCCAUUCUUCCGCGAAAAACCGCAAACCCUUGCUAUCACUAAUAAUGAACCAGCCAUGCUUUGCUGCUUCGCUGUGGCUGAUCCCAAGCCAACAGUUCAGUGGUUUAAGAACGACAUGGUUAUACAAGAGAGCAAACGAGUCAAAAUUGUUACCGAUGAAGAUGGACGAUCAAUUCUCCGUUUUGACCCAGCAAAUAAUUAUGAUGUGGGCAUUUACAAAGUUGUUGCAAGGAAUCCACUAGGCCAAACUGUCUCCAGAUGUAGAGUAGUCAUGGCAGCUCUUCCAGAUUCGCCAGAUUCACCAGAAGGUUCCGCAAUUAGCGACACUGAAAUCCUCCUGAGAUGGAAACAACCAAGAGAUGACGGCCACUCAGCCGUUCUUUGCUAUAGUUUACAAUACAAACUGGCCAGCAGUGAUGAAUGGACAACAAUCGCUGAUAACAUCGACCAUGAGUUCUUCCUUGUUCAUGACCUGCAACCAAAAAUGAACUACCAAUUCAGACUCGCAGCCAGGAACCGUAUUGGAUGGAGUCCAAUGGGAAUCCCAUCUUUGAUUACAACCGCGGCAGGAGGAGCUCCUAAAAUACAGAUUACAAAAGCGAUGAAGCAUCUUCAACAGUUAACAGAAUCAGGUCAAGAGGUCGUCCCAGAUGAUCAAAAGGCUCACAUCGACUACCAUUUGGAGCGGGAACUUAUCGAAUGGAAUGUGGACACAGAUAUUGGUGAUAAAUUCAGCUUUGUUUCAGAAAUAUGCCGUGGAAAGUUCAGCACAGUAGUCAAAGCGAUUCAGAAAUCUUCAGAUCAAGUUGUAGUAGCCAAACUAUUUGAAUUGAACUCUGAAACAGAUGCAGCUGUCCAGCAAGAAUUUGAAGUCUUCCGUACACUACGUCAUGAACGUAUCCCAGCUUUAUUAGCCGCAUACAAGCCCAACGGCGCACCAACUGCAAUACUCAUCCAAGAAAAACUGCAAGGGGCUGACGUUCUCACCUACUUCAGCAGUCGUCACGAAUAUACGGAACAAAUGGUCGCAACCGUUGUAACACAAAUCCUUGAUGCACUACAAUACCUUCACUGGCGCGGAUAUUGUCAUUUGGACAUCCAACCCGACAAUAUUGUUAUGGCCUCUGUACGGUCAGUUCAAAUUAAACUUGUAGAUUUUGGCUCAGCACAGAAAGUCUCAAAACUCGGAACAAAGGUUCCUUUAAGUGGUUGGUUGGAUUUCCAAUCACCAGAAAUCAUAAACGAUGAACCUGCACAUCCACAAACUGAUAUCUGGUCAGUGGGCGUUUUAACCUAUCUCUUGCUAUCAGGCACCAGUGCAUUCCGUGGAACCGACGAGCAAGAAACAAAACAGAAUAUCACAUUCGUUCGUUACAGAUUUGAAAAUCUUUUCAAAGAAGUCACACCAGAAGCUACCAGAUUUAUUAUGUUUGUAUUUAAAAGGGCACCAAAUAAACGUCCUCUAGCAGAGGAAUGCCACGAACACAGAUGGCUUAUGUCAUCAGACUAUAUGAUUAAGAAGAGAGAACGAGCUGUAUUCCUAGGAAGUCGCCUCAAGGAAUUCUCACAAGAAUACCAUCAAAUGAAGGCAACUGAAGCAACAACUUCCGACUCAUUAGCCAGUUCAUUAGGAAAUGGACCAUCACCGAGGCAACUUCUCAGAUCAAACAGUAUACAGGAGGAGCUUCUAACAACGUUUUAA